AUGGAAAACCGCUAUGAGCGUUCGAUGCGUGAACAGUGGGAGACCAGCCUCAUGGGAGCGCCGUUCUGGGACCGUGUGACAAGAGAUGCCCAGGAGCUUGCUGCAAGUGAGGGACAAGCCCUAACUAGUGAACUGCCACAACAAGGCCCCACCCAGUCGCCUUCUAAGAAACCUGUUCAGACUGCAGUCACAAGUUCUCCCAAGAAGAGUUCAAAGAAGACUAGUCACUUCCAACUCUCUCAGCUUGCUUCUUUCAAUAGUCUCCGGCUCCGAAACACCAUUGACACCUCCCCCGCAGGGACCGAUACUACAACCUCACCUGAGAAGAGUCCCGCAAAGAGUGAGAAGAGUUCAAAGAAGAAUAGCCUACGUCUUCCAAGUCUAUCUUCCUUCAAGAAUCUGAGUCUCAAGCGCCGAGAUCCCAUCAUCGCAUCAACUGGGGGCAUUGUUGAACUACUUCAGGAGACUCGUCCUUCAAUCCUGUCUCCCUCUACUUUCCUCCGGCCUGAAUCUCCUCUUCCUCCCAUCCCCAAAGCCCCUCGUCCUGUUUUUCGGUCUCUCUACAGAGGAAACUCUGCAGCCGACUUGGACAUUGCACUAACCAGGCCUCCUGGGGGCUCUCAACCCCUCCCCAUAAUUUCUCCUAGCCGACCCAGCAUUGUCAGUUUUCAAGAGUGGCUUGAGAGAGAAAGUGAUCCUCGCCCUGAAACUGAAAAGGUGACCGCUCCUCACCUAGCUUACCGUUCCCGCAUUAGCUUGAUGGCUCACCUCAACGAUGGUGAUACCUGGGAUACUAUCUCUCGCACCCGUUCAGUCCUAGAACUGAACAUGUUUUUUGAUGCCCGCAAGGUGUCCUCCCGCAAGAGCCUUGUUGAUCUCAAUGAUGACCAGAGUAUUAAUAAAACUACCAUAACUGACGAUGUCAUCAUGGUUGACAAGUCCACCAUGACCGAGCCUGACCUCGACUCUUCCAACACCCCCCACACCACCAUGGUCGACAAGGCCACCAUGACAGACUUCGAAAUCGAGAGCUCUGUCACAGAGAAGGCCACCACGGCCGAGAUUGAGACUCUGGGUUCUGCCGCCGAAAGUUGGCCUGCUGACAAGGGCCCUGUCGAGAUUGAUCUCAGCACGGAGUGUGCUACCAAAGAGCUGACUACCGGUGACCACCUGAUCACCGAGGCCGCCGACAACAACGGAGCCCACCACUCCGCCAAGAAGCAAGAGGGGGAGAUCAGAAUCUUCAUUCUCACCCUGGAGCAGGUGCGGCCCUUGCUCGAGUUUCGCAGCCUGCGUGUGCUGAGGCUAGUUGGUAUGAUGAAAUCAUACCAGCCCAUCAUCUGGCAGGCGGUGUGGUUGAACCCCCAGCUCACCACCCUCGAGCUGGAGAUGGCAGUCGGCUUGGACAUCAACAAGCCCGAGGGUCCAAGUGGCUGGGAGCCUAUCAAGAAGGGGUGGGUAAUGAAUGUGAAGUCGCGUGCCGCCCCCGUUUACUAUGGCCAAGGUGACGGUGAGAUCUCGAGCAAAAUCGGGUACGGUGAGUACCUUGACAAGUACUGCAUCGAGAAGGGAAAGAUGCUGGCCCUCUGCACCCGGUGCCCCGUUCCUCCCUACUUGCCGGUCAAGCACCUCACCUUGACCGGCUUCGCCGUGGAUGGGGACUCGUUCGGGAUGUGGUUCCGGAACCUCGAGGAGGUUCACUUCAAGAAGGACUGCAUCGACUGCGGUUUCUGGUUGUCUCGCGCCCAGCGAGACGUUCGAGUUCGCCACUCGAACGAGUUCGGAGUGGCCCGGGGCGAGGAUGGGCCCUCCGGGGCUUGCUCCACCGAGGAGCUCGGCGAGGAGGAACUUGCUGACCUCACCGCUGCGGUGAGAGGCCUGGGGGCCUCGAAGAUGUGA